AUGGCCGAUGGCAAUAGCGGGACGGGUUCUAGCCAACUCAAAUUAGCGCCCUCGCUGCUUUUGCACGCUGAUAAUUCCCACUACCUUUUUCGCCUACAUCCAGCUGAGGUUUUCCCUGCACUCACCAAGUACCCCGUCCUGAUCCUCCGUCAGCACCUCUUGCACCGUCUUAUCCCCGUGGUACGCCUCUCGAAUCUCACUGUGAAGCCUCCCGCGGCUCACCAUCCAGAUUCUGGUCUCAUUGGAGAUUUCCAUGCCCGGUGCUGCCGCAUAGCACCUAAACAAGACGGCUUUCGAGAGCUCAAUACAAAUACUAAACUCCCUGAAAACCUACCGAUGUCGGGCACCCCUAGUGAAGCCAACCCCAUUGAGGGCUGGCUCGUUCAACAAUAUGCAAAAAAAGCUCGCGAUGACCCUUGGUCCAUUGAGCGAUAUUCAGCGUGCCGCCUACUCAAGGAAAGCGGUAUACCGUGCUACCUUUGGGCUGAGGAUACUUUAGCAUACUAUGGAGUCCCCACAGUUGUUUUUUAUGUACACAUCAUUGUUUCCGACAUCAAGAAAGCUGCAGACGCGCUUGUUGAAAGAGGCUGGCACCCUCCACCUUCUGGCUUUGAACCAAAGUACAUCGAUAUUAAGGAGGCCACUUGCUAUCUUGUUGAACCACAAUGCAAGAGUGUGGACCUGUUAGAUGAUGUGGUUGCUCUCACAGCAGCCUCUGAUUGGGAUAUCAAGCUUCCAGAAAUUGCCACACAGAAAAGCUGGCAUUGCCAGAGAACUGCCAGAUGGCCCUUUAUUCCACCAUUACAUGAAUUUCUGGAUUCCCUUAUCAGAAGAUGGCUGGAUACUCCGGAUGCACACUUUUUUUUUCGUAGCCACAUAGGGUGCUUUUUGGGCUAUCUUUAUGGUUAUAUUCCAAUUUUAAAACUCAGAGAAUUUGCUGAUUACUUGAAGAUGGAGCAUCGGCAAUACCAUUUGGAUGUAGUUGCAGGAGUCAGCUACACCCGAGAGCCUUUUAGAAUUCAUUCACAGAAGAUCCGAGACUCCAUACUCAGAGGGGAGUAUGAAUUUCAGGAAUGCUCAGUUUCGAGGGAUGAUGAGCGAUUUUUCACAGCUGAUGUUGAGGCACGAUUACUGGCUACGCUUCCACCCGCAAAUCAUAAAUAA